AUGACAGAUGUUUUAAUGCAAAUUGUUCUUGUUUGUGGUGUGCGGAGUACGUGGGGUGCAAUGGCACAUCUUUACGAUACAGUGAUAUCUCUGAUCACUCAACCAGCUGAGAAACGAUCUGAUGCCGAGAUCGAACAGAUUCUACCCUGGUUUAGAAAGAAAUCAGACAUGUUUAAACAUCUACAUUCAGAGGUAUUAAAAGACAUCAUUAAAAACUGUGAGUUCACAUCAUGUCAGAGAGACAGUGUUAUUAUUAGACAGGGAGAGAAAGGAGACUGCUUUUUUAUCAUCCUGACUGGUACAGUAUCAAUCCAUAUCAACACCAGUCUGACUGACGAGGAGUUUGCUAACACCCGGAAACGACAGUUGGACGAGGAGGCCCUGGUGUUGAGAGAGGGCCCGGAUCUGCAUCCUCUCGAUAGAUCCAAAUAUGGAAAUUACCUUGGAAAAAUAGAGGCCGGUAAAAGUUUUGGAGAGUUGGCUCUAAUCAGUAACGACUGUGUCCGUAACGCCAGUAUUAUCUCGACAGAGGUCACCGAUCUCCUUAUCGUCCGAAAAGAUCUCUACAACCGAUCUCUGAGAUUUCACCAGGCCCAGGCUUUCGAGGAGAAACAGAAAUUCGUCAACUCUCUGCCCCUGUUCCAUUCGUGGCAGAGCCGGUAUAAAAACAUGAUGGCGAUGAGUUUGAAGAAAGAGAUUUUGAAGUUUGAAGAUGUGGUGGUAAAACAAGGUGCUCCUGUUGAUGGUCUGAUAUUUAUAGUAAGUGGUCAAGUUAAAGUAGUGAUGGAUCCCUCCCAGCACAAAACCCAGUACCCACAUCACUUCCCUAAAGGUGCUAUCGCUGACCUGGAGAAGGAGAAGGCCAGGGAUUUACUUAGAAAAGAAAUGAAUUUAGAGAAGAAAAGAGGUUUUGAUAGAAAGGAAACCUACCAGAAACGAAGUGAGGUUGUUCACGAGACUAAAAAACAGGCUAAUAAACAUCUCGAGCUGUGUUUGAUGGGAGCUGUAGAUAUUAUAGGUGAUUUAGAAAUGGUGCUCGGAUUACAGACAUAUGCUGAAACGAUCAUCUGUACAGAGGAGGCACGACUGUUUGUCCUGGAUCAGAACAACUAUGACCGUCUGCUGGAAAAACGCCAUCCCCAGUCCCUGAACAUAAUGAAAGACAUUGUCCAUAAUAAACUUACGCUUCAUUUCUCUCGGCUCAGUGAACAAACUCUCCCACUGUUUAGGUUUUUCCUGUACACACUCGACGAAAAGGAAAAGAAAGAAAAAUUGCGAAAGGCGCCGAUUGUACAACAGGAACGCCCUCCACAAAUAGAACUUAGCCCAGACGGCAUUCAGAAAGGACCAUUGAUAAAUAUGUACGGGCCCGGAAGUGUGUUUUAUCUUAUAAGGAUGAGGGAGAAUAAGCGGCGUCAUCGUAAAAUCGAACGAUCAAAAUAUACCGAUAAACUCGACUUCAAUAAAGUUCAGGAAAACCAGAAAGCUUCUGGUCGCCCGCCACAAAUCGUGGAAGAAGAAAUACCGGAAGAGGGCGUUAGUCCCCAUCACGAAUCUCAACUCGCCAUUUCAUUGGCUAGAAAUGCGAUGACAGACGAUAUGACAGACUCUUUCCUUACUGGUGUUGGUGAAAUGUAUUCUCAAGCGGAAGCGGAAGCAGAUUAUGCUUGUAGUGAUUCUGCGCUAAGUAUGUUGGAAAGAAGGAUACAAGAUUGGCACAAUGGGUUUAAUGAGGGUACUAAAGGGAAUAAACGAACCGUGAAACUUCAUCGGUAUCAAGCAGAGGAUUCUAAACCUCGACCAGGAAACAAGAUAGUCAUCCGUCUAAAGAACAAAACCAAUGUAGCGUUUACGUCGUUCCGGAAAGAUGAAUUCGAUGCCCAGACCGAGCCAGCCGACAUCAAGCAUAGUGCUCGUUUCGAAAUUAACCUACCCAAUAUUAACCCCUCGUCGGAUGAUGAAACUAACAAUCAAGAGGUAUUCGAGGACUCAAACAGGUUGCGACCUAAAACUUGUCCUGCUGGAACCCGGCAGAGAUUCAGAAAGAGAAAAGAUUCGAAACAGUACACACGUGAAGAAUAUCUGGAUCUAAAAGCUGAAUUAAAACGUCGCCAGAUGGCGUACAAAUCAUUCCUUCCACUUCAAAGAUCUACCACCACUGUAUAGCUAUUUAUAGUAACAUGUGCGUAUAUGUACGUGUACAAUUAAAGAACAAUUGAAAGGGACAUUUACUAUGGAUGUGAUCAUCAGAUGGACCAAUGAUGAUAAUUCUAAAAUUGACUGUCAUACGGAGGUUAAGGUUAAGCGGCGUUAAAAAUAAUUAAAUCAGGCCGGUCCGGCUUUGAUCACCUCUCCCAUCAGUUUGAUAUCUGUUACCAUAAAGCUCUGUAUUGCCCUGUGCUUUCAGGCCCUUGAAAAUUCCGUGGCCCCUCCUCGGCCCCUCCACCUGUUGAUUUGUAGGAACGUCCCUGAGGAGAAAUCGGACAAUGAGUGCUUGACGUGUAAAGACAAUUGAUGAUCGACGUCCCGUGUAAAUAAAAUAUAAAUAUAUACAUAAUAUGUCACUAUUAAUAUUAUUAAAUAAAAUAUAGUUUAUUUUU